GCCUGAAAAUUGCCCUGGGAUGUGCUGGGGCCGCGGUCCUCUGCCUUGGGUGGCUCACGGCCGCCCUGAGCAUCCCUCGAAAGGAUGAGAUGGACCCUUACGACUUCAACAACCGCGUGGUCAACCUCCUUGAAAGGGAUUGGUCUGACUGCUAG